UCCCGAUCCGCGCAACCACCACCACCACCACCACCGCCGCCCAUCGCCGACGCGAAUCCGCACCGGUAGCCCCCGGGAGCCCCCGAAGCACCAUGUCAUCAGCGAAGAAGAUCACCCUCCGGAGCUCCGACGGCGAGUCCUUCGAGGUCGACGAGGCGGUGGCCGUCGAGUCGCAGACCAUCAAGCACAUGAUCGAGGACGACUGCGCCGACAGCGGGAUCCCCCUCCCCAACGUCACCAGCCGGAUCCUGGCGAAGGUCAUCGAGUACUGCAAGAAGCACGUGGAGUCCGCCAAGUCCGAGGACCGCACCACCGAGGACGACCUCAAGGCCUGGGACGCCGAGUUCGUCAAGGUCGACCAGGCCACGCUCUUCGAUCUCAUCCUGGCUGCAAACUAUCUGAACAUCAAGGGCUUGCUGGAUCUGACAUGCCAGACUGUGGCAGACAUGAUCAAGGGGAAAACUCCGGAGGAGAUUCGCAAGACUUUCAACAUCAAGAACGACUUCACCCCUGAGGAAGAAGAAGAUGUUCGCCGCGAGAAUCAGUGGGCUUUCGAAUGAUAGGGCGUCUGUAUGUUAAUCGGAAUCUGCAGUUGGCCACUGUGUGUGUCUCUCUGUUAAACGGAAUCCGCAGUUGUGAACUAUGUUAAAACGUGCUAUUAUCUUUUUCAAUGUGAAUGCGUGAGAAAUUAAACGUGUCCUUUUACUGGAGGAAUGCGGUGGUAUUUGUUCGGUUUAUACCUACUGUCGACCAACACACUGUUUAUGUCUUCGUGACUAUGAUAAGUCUCGUUUAUCGGCUAUGCUGCUUUUGUUAAUUCUAGCACUUCCAUGUUCAACGGA